AUGUGCUAUGGAGCUGGGAUUCAACUGCUCUGACCUCUGCGAUGGCAGCUCCAGUUUUGGCAGCCAGGUUCCAGAGCAGUGGGCACUGCAGGAGCUCUGCACUGUCACAGUGCAGACAUCUUCUGACCACAGUGGGAAGAGCUCCCCAUCCUUCUCUGUUGCCCUUCUGGGAAUCGUGUGGACGUUCCUGUCUGGAGGAGUCCUGCUAGCACUCUUUUUUCUUGUCUUCACAAUUCGCUUCAGGAAAAACAGGAUCGUGAAGAUGUCCAGCCCCAAUCUGAACAUUGUGACCCUGCUGGGCAGUGGUUUGACUUACACUAGUGCUUACCUCUUUGGGAUUCAGGAGCAGAGCCUGCCAUCUGGAGACUCAGUGGAAAAGCUUAUUCAGGUGCGGAUCUGCCUGCUGUGUGUGGGGACCUCUCUGGUGUUUGGCCCCAUCCUCGGGAAAAGCUGGCGGCUCUACAGGGUGUUCACCCAGAGGGUGCCAGACAAGCGAGUGAUUAUCAAAGACCUCCAGUUGCUGGUGAUGGUGGCAGUGUUGGUGCUGGCAGAUGCCAUGUUGCUCUUGACCUGGGUAUUCUCUGAUCCGGUCAAGUGCUUCCGAAGCCUCAGCGUUUCACUGCGGGCAACAGAGAAAGGCAUGAGCUGCUCAGUGAGCCGGGUGCAGUCCUGCACAUCUCUAUAUUCUGACCUUUGGCUCAUUCUCAUUUUAGGGUUUAAGAGUAUCCUCCUGCUGUAUGGGACCUACCUGGCCGGUCUGACUGACCACGUCAGCUCCCCACCAGUCAACCAGUCCUUGACACUCAUUGUUGGGGUCAAUCUCAUUUUCUUGGCUGCUGGCAUUGUCUGCUUAGUUCACCGCUUCUUCCGUGCUUGGCACAACUUGCUAUUUGGUUUUACCUCUGGAAGCAUCUUCAUGUGUACAACCACGAUCAACUGCUUCAUCUUUGUGCCACAGCUCAAGCAGUGGAAAGCCUUUGAAGAGGAAAACCAAACCAUGAGCCACAUGGCGAAGUAUUUCACCAGUCCAAGCCGCAGCUGCCGUUCGAUGUACAGUGAGGAGCAGCUCUACCAGCUGAUAGGGGAGAAAAACUCCAUGAAGCGGCUGCUCACCGAGAAAAACGCCGUGAUUGAAAGCCUGCAGGAGCAAGUCAGCAGCGCCAAGGAGAAGCUGAUGAGGCUAAUGUCUGCAGAGAGCAGCUGUGACCCCCAUGUGCUGCUGGCAGCGCCUUGCACCCGGAGCUCAGAGCAAUGCAGGGAUGUGCCUGGGAACCACUGCCUCCCAGAUCCAGAACAGGAUGGAUGGCAGCACCCCUGCUUGCUGGGUACACCACCUCCUUGCAGCAAUGCUGAGGACCUCCAGAGAAAUGUGAGCCGUGAGCCCACUUGUUCUCAGGUGCUGCUUUUUAACAUGGAGGACAGCAUCGAUCACGGUCAGAAAGAUGUGCAGGAAUGUGAGAUGCCUGCAAGGCAGGGGCUGUCUCUGGAGCAGCUGCCCAGCCAGGACACAUCAGCUGGCAUGGCCUGGGACUCGUCCCCAAAAGUCAGCUACGUGAGCAGUGAGAAGCUGCGUGAAAUCUUACAAGAGCUGAGCUUGGAUGGCAAAACCUACAGCCCAGCUUUACCUAGGGGACCCUCACGGGGCAGCCAGAGGCCCUCGAGUGAGCAGGGAGGAAGGUGUGGAGCCCAGGAAGGCUGCCCAGGCAUCCACACACCCCUCAGCCCCUACCUGGCAAGGCGGCGGCGGAGGAUCCCACUGCCCCCCACCUCUACCUGCUUCCCCGGACAUGUGUCCCCUCAUGCCGGGCACAGGGUGAAGGAGGCAGGUGGCUGGAGCUGUGGGGAGCUGGCACAUAUCUCCCUGGGGAGGAAAAAGGAGAUGGCUAGUGGAGGGCUUCUUCACACAGCAGCACCAUCCUUUACAGACAUCCCUAGGGAGGGCUACCUCCAGCCGGAGGGAUGGCCAGGACGGCCAGAGUCCCAGGAUGCUUCACUGUGCAUCCCACGGGAGCAGCUAUGGCAGCAGGGUGGCCCGAGGAGACCUGCUGAGCCCUCCCUGCGCUCCCUGUACUAUUACCCGGACACUGACUCCAGCAGCAGCAGCAGCUCUGAGGAGAUGUUUCACGGCUGCCACAGGCCCUGCUGUGAGGUCUGCUUCCAGAGCCCCCGUGGCUCCCUGGUCAGCAGUAGCACAGAUAACGACACAGAGCCCAGCAGCUGCGGGGACCACUGGACAGAGUGCCACAACGGGUCGCAGCUUGUGGUGAAUUUCAAAGACGAUCUGAAACCCACUUAUGUGUGACUGAGAGCACCCCUGCCCCAAAGGCAAGUGCCCUGCUGUCCCCAAAGCGCUGUGUGUUUUUGGCAAGCUAAGCCACACGUUCUUCCAAGCGAUGCAUUUUGUUUCGGCAGCUGGGGGCUGGGAGUAAACCUUACCCCAGCCUGGUCAGUGGUGACUGCAGACAGUAUUUGGCUGGGACGUGGUUGGCAGCACUUGGGGUGCUUUUGUCCUGGCUGCUCUGGGCAGCCGGGUGCACCCCACAGGUACCUGGCACGUCUGUCCGUCCCAGUGCCACCAGUGGAAAGACUGGAGCUGGGUCUCACGUGGGCAGGAACCCGAACUCCGUCAUUUCAGAGGGCCCUCCCUGCAGGACGUGUGGUUGACACCCGCAGGGAGCGGCACCGUGUCUCAGAAAGGUAGGUGGCUUCUUGCGUCUGACAGACAGAUCGGACUCCUGCCCUGAGGCUGCCGGAGCAGAGCCUGGAGGUGGGAGACAGCCGGACACGAGCAGCACUUGCAGGCUUCCACUCACCGUGGACAUGCUGCUCCCUGGCAAAAGGAAGGACCUCAGGAGAUUCUCGAGGAAGUUCUUUUUUGGUAGCAUCUGCAUAAGAAAAACAGAGCCCAAAGGUGACAUCACUGGAGGUGACUUUUGUGUUUUGUGUAGCUCAGUUGCAGGGCCAUAGGUGAGACUUGGGUCAGAGCUGAGGGGAAAGAAACUAUCAAUCAUAAGAGAGGAUGUGAAAAUGCUUUUCUGUUUGAACCCCCCCCCCUCCUCCCUCAGCUUUUCUGGGGCUUGUGCCCUUCUGUGUGCCUUUGUAUGGAUGAUGUAAUCUGGAAUGGGGUUUGCUUCAACUAA